AUGAAAUAAUAAUUAGCAAAGGAACCACACUUCAAUGGAGAAUUUGAAGAUAGCGGAAGCGAGACUGAAGACAAUUCCAAGAAGAAGACAACCUUGAUAAUGAAUGUGUCAGAUACUCAAUAUGAUGUUGUGAAGUUUGUUGGUAAAAAGUUAUUUAAGUGGAUUUUACAAUAUGAGCCUGAUGCUACCAAUUGGGAUAUGUUUUGGACAGAUGCAGCCGUUCAACCUGAGACUCUUGGAAAAAUGCAACCAUACCAAAAAAUUAAUCAUUUCCCUGGAAUGUAUUCUCUUGCUCGUAAGAAUCAUCUAGGAAGAAAUCUAAUGAAGAUGCGCAAAUAAUUCUCAGAAGAAUUUAAGUUCUUUCCAUAAACGUGGCUAUUGCCAGCCGAAUAUGGCGACUUUAAAAACCAAUUCGUAAAAGGAAAAGCCAGAACCUUCAUUGUCAAACCUGAAGCCAGUUGCCAAGGAAGAGGCAUAUUUCUAACAAGGAACAUCAAUGACAUCAAUCCAAAUGAUCACUAUGUGGCCUAGAGAUACAUGCACAGACCAUUCUUAAUCGAAGGAUUAAAAUUUGAUUUGAGAGUUUAUGUCCUGUUGGCUGGAACUGAUCCUAUGAGAAUAUACGUAUACUAAGAUGGUUUGGUCAGAUUUGCUACGGAACCAUAUGUUCCUCCCAAUUCAUCAAAUCUAGAAGACAUGUGUAUGCAUCUAACCAAUUAUGCUAUAAAUAAAGAAAACCCAAAUUUUGUAUUCAAUAAGGAUGCCAGCAGAAUGGAUAUUGGACAUAAGAGAUCCAUCAAGGCAGUAUUUAGCAAAUUAGAAUAAGAAGGACAUGACAUUAAAAAGCUCUGGUAAGAGAUGUAUGAGCUAUUUAUUAAAACCUUUUGUACUGUACAACCAAUAUUGAGUCAUCAUUACAGGUCAUGUCAACCAGAUAAUUAUGCUAAUAACAUGUGUUUUGAAAUCUUGGGAUUUGAUAUCUUUUUGAAUCACAAACUAUAACCAAUCUUACUGGAAGUUAAUCAUACUCCUAGUUUCACUACAGAUACUCCUCUUGACUCUUUGAUUAAGAAAAAUCUCAUUAGAGAUACAUUGAAAUUAAUGAAUGUCAGUCUGAAAGCCAAAGAAUAAAUAAUUGCCUCCAGAAAGGAAUCUCUCCAGUAGAGAGUAUUGACAGGCAAAAAAGUGAAGUUGACAAUGGAGGAGAAGAUGUCACAAAUGAAACAAUGGGAGAGGCAGAGGAAUGACUAUGAGAAUGCACAUUUAGGAGAUUAUGUUAAGAUAUAUCCACUGGAGGAUUCUCAAAAGUAUGACAAAUAUAUAGAGUUUGCUUCAUCACUCCAAGACAGCUGGACUGGAACAAACAUAAAAAGAAAUUAGAAGAAAGAUAUGAAAGAAUCCUAAAUUCCUUAAUAAUAAUAAUAAGUUAAAAAUAAUGUAGUCAGAGCUCCAUUCAAACCCAACACUCCUGCUAAUAAUCUCCCUAAACUUCAAAACAUCCCAAGACCUGAAAGUAUCAAUAUCCAUGGAGAAGAUGAGUAAGUGAGUGCCAAAGUCACAAAACUAUCUAAUGUCAAAAUGUAACCCAGACAAUAGUCUGAACCCCCCAUUUUAAGAGUCAAACAAACAGUCAAAAAGCAAAUUCAAUAAGCAAUUCCUAAACCCUGUUUACAACCUAAGUUGUUUGAUAUGGAAUCAAUAGGACAGGAUAAAUUUAAUAAUAAAAGACAAUAAUUUUAGGAUAUGAUGCUUGCAAAAUGA